AUGGGUUGUGGCAUGAGUACCGAGGAUAAGGAGGGCAAGGCCCGCAACGAGGAGAUCGAUAACCAGCUCAAGCGGGAUAAGAUGAUGCAGCGGAACGAGAUCAAGAUGCUUCUGCUCGGUGCUGGAGAGUCUGGUAAAUCGACUAUUCUCAAGCAGAUGAAGCUCAUCCAUGAGGGUGGAUACUCGCGCGAUGAGCGGGAAUCGUUCAAGGAAAUCAUUUACAGCAACACGGUCCAGUCGAUGCGUGUCAUUCUGGAGGCCAUGGAAUCGCUGGAGCUGCCCCUGGAGGAUGCCCGCAAUGAAUACCACGUCCAGACCAUCUUCAUGCAACCCGCUCAGAUUGAGGGUGACAGCCUUCCCCCAGAAGUUGGCAACGCUAUCGGGGCCCUGUGGCGCGAUACCGGUGUGCAAGAGUGCUUCAAGCGGUCCCGUGAAUACCAGCUGAACGAUUCGGCGAAAUACUAUUUCGAUGCCGUCGACCGUAUUGCUCAGCCUGACUACCUGCCUACCGACCAGGAUGUCCUCCGCUCCCGUGUCAAGACGACUGGUAUCACCGAGACCACAUUCAUCAUCGGCGACCUGACAUACCGCAUGUUUGAUGUCGGCGGCCAGCGUUCGGAACGUAAGAAGUGGAUUCACUGCUUUGAGAACGUGACCACCAUCCUCUUCCUAGUCGCCAUCUCCGAAUAUGACCAGCUGUUGUUCGAAGAUGAGACCGUCAACCGUAUGCAGGAAGCGCUCACCCUUUUCGACUCCAUCUGCAACUCUCGGUGGUUCGUCAAGACGUCCAUCAUUCUGUUCCUGAACAAGAUCGAUCGUUUCAAGGAGAAGCUCCCCGUCAGCCCGAUGAAGAACUACUUCCCCGAUUAUGAAGGCGGCGCCGAUUACGCCGCGGCUUGCGAUUACAUCCUCAACCGUUUCGUAUCGUUGAAUCAGGCCGAGCAGAAGCAGAUUUACACUCACUUCACAUGCGCCACUGAUACCACGCAAAUCCGCUUCGUCAUGGCGGCUGUCAAUGAUAUCAUUAUCCAAGAGAACCUGAGACUCUGUGGUCUGAUCUAA